AUGGCUGCGUGUCCAUUCCUUACAUUGUCCAGCAAGGAAAUGCAGAAAGGGGACAUUCGUCGAUGGUUCUCAAAGAAACCUUCACCUAAAGUAUCUGAUGCUGAGAAGAAGAAGGAGACGGAUGUCGUACCUGCAGCUUCGACCUCUCCGUUAAAGUCCCCGUCAAGCUCUAUCCUGCGUAAAGGGUCGCAUGCUCCAACUCCUACGAAAACGGGCGAGCCUCUCAAGAAGCCAGAACGAGCAAGCGCAUUACAGAAGGCAUCAGCUGCUAAGGAUGAGCCAAAACGAGAAGUUAAGGCAGUCAAAGCCUCCUCAACGCCUUCUAAGAAGCCAAGAAAAAGGGCUAUGGUCGUAGAUGACGAGGAUGAUGAGGAGGAGGACAAUGAAGAUGAUGAGGAUUUCGUUGUUGGUAAGGAUUCAGGCAAUCAUGAUGCUGAUGAGGAGGAUGAAGACGAAGCAGACGAGGAGGAGGAAGACGAAGAAGAGGAAAAACCUGCUGGAAAGAGGAAGCGGGGUAAGGCCGCACCUACCACGAAGAAGGCUACGCCGUCGAAGGUUCAGCCUGCACCUGCUGCAGAGGCAAAGGAUUCUGGUGGUGCUGACAUGUUGUUGCUCGUGCAGGAAGUACCUGAAGGUCCUGAGAAUGCCUUGACGGGGAUCACUUUCGUUAUCAGUGGCACUCUUGACAGCUUGGAGAGGGAGGAGGCUGAGGACUUGAUCAAGAGGCAUGGUGGUCGGAUCACUAGCGCUGUCAGUGGAAAAACGACUUACCUCCUUGCUGAUGAAGACAUUGGAGGCAGGAAGUCUACCAAGGCAAAAGAGCUUGGGGUGAAGUUCCUCACUGAGGAUGGCCUCUUUGACCUCAUCCGUGCAGCGGCAAAGAAGCAGCCACCUGCACCAGCGAAAUUACCCCCGGCUAAACAGCCUCUGGGUGCAGAUAAGGGUCGCCCUGCUGACGAUAUCAAGCCUGAUGCUGACCGACUCCCUAAGAAGCUCAAGACAGAUGCAUCAGCUGAUGCAGCAACCCCAGCGAGCAGGGCGGACGCUGGUGCAGCGAGGCCAGUGGUGGUACCUGCAGCUGCAGCGAGAUCAGGGCCAGUGGAGGUGGAGUCAUGGCCACAGAAGUACGCUCCCAAGAGCACAGCAGACAUCAUCGCAAACCAAAGCCUGGUGAAGCAGCUGCAUGACUGGCUAGCAGGUUGGGAGGCUAGGCAUCUGGGGCACGGAGGGGCCAAGAAGGGCAAAAAGGGCGGGAAGGGUGGAGCAGGUGGCGGAGGGGGGGCGGCAGGGGGGGACAUGAACAAGAAGGCCGUGCUGCUCAGUGGAGGACCGGGCAUUGGCAAGACCACUACAGCUCGCCUUGUCUGUGCCGCUCUUGGCUUCUCGCCUCUUGAGGUGAACGCCAGUGACUCUCGAGGGAAGUCGGACGCCAAGAUUCGCAAUGGCAUGGGUGGCGCCACGUCCAACACCAUCAAGGAGAUGAUCUCCAACACCACCCUCCGCUUCUCCCCCGCCUCCACCACCACCAAGGGCAAGCAGAAACAGCAGCAGCAGGUGGAUAAGGCCGCUCUGAUCAUGGACGAGGUGGAUGGCAUGUCAGGCGGUGACAGGGGUGGCGUGGCGGACCUUAUUGCGAGCAUCAAGGAGAGCCGCGUGCCCAUCAUCUGCAUCUGCAACGACCGCUACAGCCAGAAGCUCAAGAGCCUCAUCAACCACUGCCUGCUGCUCAACUACAGGAAGCCCACCAGACAGCAGAUGGCCAAGAGAUUGCGCCAGGUGGCAAAUGCUGAGAAGAUCCAAAUCGCUGAUAAUGCCCUGGAGGAGCUGGCGGAGCGCACGGGGGGGGACAUGCGGCUGGCGCUGAACCAGCUGCAGUACAUGGCGCUGAGCUGCCGGCAGCUGUCGUACCAGGAGGUCAAGCAGCGCAUGCAGGCCAACGCCAAGGACGAGGACAUCCGCCCCAUGGCCGCUGCUGACACACUGAUGGGGUAUGGAGCGCGUGGCAAGAAGUUGGACAUUCUCAUUGAUGCAGCCAUGUCAGACAUUGACCUCAUGCCGCUCUUCAUCCAGGAGAACUACCUGAACCAUGUGCCUGGCAACGACCCGUCUUCUCCUCUCCUGCUCUCUCGCCUCUCACAAGCGGCCGAUGCCAUCUCCAGUGGGGACCUGGUGAACGUGCAAGUGCGCAGAUACCAGCAGUGGCAGCACCUGCAGUUCGCUGCUGUCAUGUCCUGCAUCACACCGGGUUUGUUGGUCUCCGGACGAAGGGUUACUCUUCUAGACGGCGAGCGGAACUUCAACCGCUUCCCUGGCUGGUUGGGGAAGAACUCUUCUCUGGGCAAGAACUACCGCUUGCUGGAUGACCUGCACCUGCACCUCCUCUCCUCCCAUCUGCUCCCCAACCCAUCAAGGCAAGUUGUUCGCCUUGACUACUUGGAGCCCCUCGUCUCUUCCCUCACACGGCCUCUGCACAAACACGCACAGGACGGGGUGGAGACUGUGGUAGAGGAGAUGCUGGAGUAUGGUCUCACACUCGACGACCUUGACACAGCCGUGGAGCUCUCACACUUCAAGGGUCAUUCUGGUGCAAUGGAGGGUGUGCCAGCGCCAGUGAAGGCUCGGCUGACACGGGAGUACAAGAAGGAGCAGCAGGCACACAAGGCCAAGUCUGCUGCCACCCUGCCGCCUCUCCAGCUGCCAGGGGGGCGUGGGAAGGCAGGUGGUCGAGGCAAGACGACUAAACCGUCUGGUGGUGGAGGCGUGGAUGAGGCUUCUCUUUUGCAGGCUGACACUGAUCUUCCUGUGGCUGUUGAUGAAGAUGGAACACUGCAAGAAGAUGAUGAAGAUGCAGCCGCUGAGGAUGCAAGCAGUGAGCAAGAUGACGACGACGAAGCUGUUCGUUUGAGACUUGUAGGAAGAUCUGCAGGCAACUCAAGCAAGGCUUUUGAGAUCUCUUGCUCCGAACAACCUUCUCCUAGAACCACAUACGCAAGCCAGAUAUUGGCUUGCAAUAGAAUUCGGCCUAUUUUCCUUGUCAUCUCCGGCAGGUUUAUGAGCUCCAAGGAGAAGCCCACUCUCGGUGGCACGCGGAUCAAGACCCGCAAAAGGAACAUUGCGGUUCCUUUAGAUCCGACCAGCUUUGCAGAUGCGAUCGUCCACAUCUACAAGGAUCACCAGGGGGAUUUGGAGCUUAUAGCGAAGGAUAUUGACUCUUCUGAACUCGAUUUUUCUCGAUAUGGGGAGACAUUCUUCGAGGUGGUCCUUAGCGGCGGUCGUAUGCAGCCUGGCACAACCAAGCCAGAGGAGGGGGCAGAGCGGCAGCCGUGGAAUGUGCUCAGUUCCCCACCCACAAAGGAGGGGGUUCUUAAACAUGUCCUUUUCAUCCAGAAGAUCCUGCGACGCCGGCCAUUCAUGAUCAAAUCCUUGGAGAAUGUGCUGCGCCGCUGGGUGCAGUCUCUGGAAAUGUAUGAGCCUGAGGAGAGGAAGCGCCUUGCUGUCUUGACAGCCCUCUGCUUCUCACAACGGUUCACCGGCCUGGCACCUGAUGUCAUUUUCGUCGCCCUCCUUAAUGACACGCUCGUUACUAAAGGCACCUCGCUGGGCUUCAUCACGGACUUUUUCCGUGUCUAUUUGGUGGAGACCAACAUGGAUGACCUUGUGGGCCUGCUCAAGAAAGGAAAGGUCGAUCAGCGUCUGAUCGAGUUCAUGCCCUCCCAGAAGCGGACUCCAGACGCAUUUUCGCAACACUUCAGCAAUGAAGGCCUGAAGGCAUUGGCGGAUUACCAGAAGAAGGUGGUCUUUGAUGUGAAGCUGAAAGAGCUGCACACAGCUCUUUCUGACAUGAUCGAGGAAGAGCACACAGAUGUGGGUGACGUGAUUGACAUGGUUAAGCAGAGAAAGAAAGAGGGCGGCCUGGCGGAUGGUGAUGUUGUUCGCACAGUUUGGGAUGCAGUCAUGGGCGCCGUGCAGUGGUCAGGCAAGAACGUGCAACAGAACUCUAAUACAGCCUUGCGACAGCUCAAAUCCUGGGCAAAACUAUUGGAGGCAGUGUGCUCGUCUGCCAAGAUGGAGCUAGAGCUGCUUUACCACAUUCAGAUGCAGUGCUAUGAGGAUGCUAAGAUUCAGCGCCUCUUUCCUGAGUUCGUCAGGACCCUUUAUGAUUGUGAUGUGCUCGCGGAGGACACCAUCAUGCUUUGGUUCCGCAAGGGUUCCAAUCCAAAAGGAAGGCAGCUGUUUGUCAAGGCACUUGAGCCUUUUGUUAAAUGGUUGGAAGAAGCAGACGAAGAAGACUGA